UUCCCACUACGGUAUAAAAGUGAGGAGGUGGCCGCGGACCUCAGCAGACUGCAACCGCUUCACCGAGAGCUCCAGCUCUACUCUUUAACAAACACAAAGGGGAGCCUCGAACACCAAGAAUCCUUUUACCGGCGAACCGAGACGACUGCGUGAGGGAAUACACGAACAGGACUCCUCCUGAAGAGAGACUAACUUUUCAUACCGCUGGGAACGGGGGAUUCUCUCUUGGAAAACACGCACAAGAAGAAGAAGAAAGAAAAACACAUUCAAGAUGCUGAUGCUUACUGUUGUCGUAGCCUUCCUCGGAAGCUUCAAUUUGGUCCUCUCCUCCUCCUCCUCCUGUCCCUCCGCGUGUGACUGUCCGCUGGAGAUGCCCAAGUGCGCGCCCGGCGUCAGCGUCGUCCUGGACGGCUGCGGCUGCUGCAAAGUGUGCGCCCGGCAGCUGAACGAGGACUGCAGCCUCAGGGAGCCCUGCGACCACACCAAAGGGCUGGAGUGCAACUUCGGGGCCAGCUUCGCUGCCGCUACUACUCGUGGCAUCUGCCGAGCCAAGUCAGAAGGCAGACCGUGCGAGUACAACAGCAGGAUCUACCAGAACGGAGAGAGCUUCCAGCCCAACUGCAAACACCAGUGCACGUGCAUCGACGGGGCGGUGGGCUGCGUGCCGCUGUGCCCGCAGGAGCUCUCCCUGCCCAACCUGGGCUGCUCCAACCCCAGACUGGUCAAGGUGGCCAGCCAGUGCUGCGAAGACUGGGUGUGCGACGACGGCAAAGACACCGACAUCCUGGAGAAGCCCUUCGGCAAAGACACGAUGUUUGACGAGUUGGAUAAAGACCUCACCAACAGGAACGAGCUCAUCGCCAUCGUGAAGGGACGACUGAAGUCUCUACCCGCCUUCAGACCGCAGCCGGAAGUCCGCAUGUUCGACAACCAGAAGUGCAUCGUCCAAACCACGCCCUGGUCCCAGUGCUCCAAGAGCUGCGGCACGGGCAUCUCCACCAGAGUCACCAACAACAACAGCGAGUGCAAGCUGGUCAAGGAGACGCGCAUCUGUGAAGUGCGGCUCUGCACCCAGUCGCCUUACUCCAGUCUCAAGAAAGGAAAGAAGUGCAGCCGGACCAAGAAGUCCAGUCAGCCGGUGAAGUUCUCGUACGCCGGCUGCUCCAGCCUCAAGAAGUACCGGGCCAAGUACUGCGGCGCCUGCGUGGACGGCCGGUGCUGCGGACCCCACGACACCAGGACCAUCCGCGUCAAGUUCCGCUGCGAGGACGGCGAGACCUUCAACAAGAGCGUCAUGGUGAUCGAGUCCUGCAAGUGCACCUACGACUGUCCCCACGCCAACGAGGCCUCCUACCCCUUCUACCGCCUCUCCAACGACAUCCACAAGUUCAGAGACUAAAUCGGGAGGAAGGAGGAGGAGCUAAGAGGCCCGGCGGGCGCCUGGCAGCCAAUGGCGGUCCAGAUGACCGCGCGGGGUGUAAAUAAGACGACCAAUCAGAGAGAGAGAAAACUACCGAGCUUCUUGUUGUAACUAUAGAUUCCCAAGGAAUUGUGGGCUUGCAUCAUGAGGACUUUUUAUUUUUAUGAAGUGCACUGUUUGCUGUGCUCAGCAUUCUGACCCUUAAGAACUGCUUCGUAUUAACGGAGCAUCAGAAGUAGCUUCGUUAAUGGAGCAAGAUGUAAUUAAUAUUUUGUACAUUCAUGUUUUUUUUAUCAAAUUCACUGUGUAUAUUUUGGAUUCUUUUUUUCAUUAUUUUAAACUUCCGACAUGACGACAGACUGUAUGUAGACUUGUGUGUGUAUAUGUAGGUGUAUGCACGUACGCAACUUUCAAUUAGCAGACCAUCCCCGUAUCUCGAGGGCGAGAUGGAACCUUCCGGACUCGUCCGGCGAGCGCCGCCGCGUGCCGGUUUCAUUCCUUUUUCCGAAUAACGUGGGCAUUAUUAUUAUUGUUCAUGUUUUGUGGCAGCUAUUGAACACUUUCCCCUUCGUGGGGAGAGAAAAGAGAAAAAAAUGACAAAGCGGGAAAAAAACAUGUCAAAGGAUGAAUGAAUGUUUAUUUUUUUUAAAUAUUAUUAUUAUUAUUAUUAUUGUUAUUAAUAUUAUUUAUCUGAAAAAAAAUGUAGCUACUUUAUUUGGAUAUUAUGUUGUCAUACUGGAAAUAAGUUGUACAAAAAAAUGAUUUUAAUUUUAUAUGCCACAAAUAAAACUGAUUUAUUUAUGAAAUAUGA